GGCUUCUGAUUUUUCUUCACUAUAUUGUCUCGCUUUAGAACAGCAAUUUCUUCUCGUUGUCGAAAGCAUUUUUUCUUUGAAUUUUCUUUUAGGAUUUUCAAUCGGAAAAUGGCGUUGGUUUCUUUCAUCGGGAGAGUACUUUUCGCUUCGGUGUUCAUCCUCUCUGCCUGGCAAGAAUUCAAUGAAUUCGGCGUUGAUGGAGGGAAAGCGGCGAAGGAGCUAAGACCAAAAUUGGACGUAUUCUCAAAGACUGUGUCAUCUCACGCAGGGUUUCAAGUUCCGGAAUUCGAUAUCAAGUAUGUAGUUGCUGCUGCUGUAGCCUUUAAAGGUGUUGGUGGAAUCCUGUUUACCUUUGGCAGCACUAUCGGAGCUUAUCUCCUGGUUUUGCACCAGGUCAUUCUCACCCCCGUACUGUAUGACUUCUACAACUACGACACGGAAAAGAAGGAAUUUGGUCUACUUUUCGCAAAGUUCUCACUGAACUUGGCGCUGUUAGGCGCGUUGUUGUUCUUCAUUGGCAUGAAGAACUCCGUCCCCAGGAGACAACUCAAGAAAAAGGCUCCAAAAACAAAAACAGUUUGAACAUGUAACAAUGGAACCAAGAGAUCUGUUUUCUGAAUGCUUUUGUUGUUAUUUGAAUGUUUUAUUUUCAAUUUCACAGAAAGGAUUGGAUAUAAUUUUGCCUUAGAAUCUGCUGUUUUCCUUUUCUGGGUUUCGCCAUUUCCAUGCAACUUUUAACCAUAUAUUGAUGUCAUGGUGAUUCUAGAUUACCAGGAAAUUAUUCAGUUUAACUAGAUAUACGUGUUUAUGCUUUGUA